UUUUUAAUAAGGAGAGCUCAGGAGUUGGUCUUGCUCUCUUCUGGGUGACGCGGACCCCAAGUGCUUCUUCACCAGAACUUCACUCCACUGUUGGCUUUUCCCUCCUCUCCUCCGCACCCGCCCGCCCCUCUCCUAUUGAAAGUACACAUCCACGCACGCCUCUCGCCCACCAAGGAGCCCUGGGAACCAUGAAGUGGAGCUGGGUGUUAGCGGUGGUCCUGCUGUCGGUCGGGGCACCGUCCUGGGCCAAGGAUGGCCUGGACUUCCCCGAGUACGACGGCAAGGACCGCGUCCACGACCUCAACGCCAAGAACUUUAAGUCGGUGAUGAAGAAAUACGACGUGAUGGUGGUGUACUACCACGAGCACCCGGGGACCAACCGCGCCGCCCAGAGGCAGUUCCAGAUCGAGGAGCUGGCGCUGGAGCUCGCAGCCCAGGUCCUGGAUGAGUUCGACGACGAGGAUAUUGGGUUCGGCCUCAUCGAUGAGAAACAGGACAAGAUUGUAGCCAAGAAGUUAGACCUCGAUGAGGCCGACAGUAUCUACAUCUUCACUGACGACGAAGUGAUUGAAUACGAUGGAGAGCUGGCCGCGGACACCCUUGUGGAGUACAUUUUUGAUGUGCUGGAAGACCCGGUGGAGAUGAUUGACAACCAGCGGGAGCUCAAGGCCUUCCAGAACGUGGAAGAGGACAUCAAACUGGUGGGCUACUUUAAGAGUCACAAGUCGGAACAUUUCCUUGAGUUCGUCGACGCUGCUGAAGAAUUCCAUCCCGAUAUUAUGUUCUACGCAACAUUCAAUGCUAAGGUGGCCAAGACUCUAGAGCUGAAGCUGAAUGAGGUGGACUUCUACGAACCCUUCCUGGCCGACCCCCUGGUCAUCCCUGGCAAGCCCUACACUGAGAAGGAGCUGGUGGACUUCAUUGAGGACCACGACAGACCAACCCUGAGGAAGCUGCAGCCCCACAACAUGUAUGAGAUCUGGGAUGAUGAUGUUGGUGGUGAACACAUUGUUGCCUUUGCAGAGGAGUCUGACCCAGAUGGUUAUGAGUUCUUGGAGAUCUUGAAAAAGGUUGCAGAGGACAACACAGAUAACGACGACCUCAGCAUUGUCUGGAUUGACCCUGACGACUUCCCGCUGCUGGUCCCUCACUGGGAGAAGACUUUCGGAAUCGACCUGUCUGCGCCGCAGAUCGGUGUUGUUGAUGCUGAUGAUGCUGACAGUGUAUGGCUGGACAUGGACGAUGGGGACGACAUGCCAACCAUAGCCGAACUGGAGGAUUGGAUUGAAGAUGCUCUGUCAGGAGAUAUUGAUCCUGAUGAUGACGACGAUGAUGACGACGAUGACGACGACGAUGAUGAUGACGAUGAUGAUGACGAUGAUGAUGACGAUGAUGACGAUGAUGAUGACGACGAUGAUGAUGACGACGAUGAUGAUGACGACGAUGAUGAUGACGACGAUGAUGAUGACGACGAUGAUGAUGAUGACGACGACGACGAUGAUGAUGACGACGAUGACGAUGAUGACGACGACGACGAUGAUGAUGACGACGACGACGAUGACGACGACGAUGAUGAUGACGAUGACGACGAUGACGACGAUGACGACGAUGAUGACGAUGACGAUGAUGACGAUGAUGAUGAUGACGAUGACGAUGAUGACGAUGACGACGAUGAUGAUGAUGACGACGACGACGAUUAUUAAUUUAACAAAAUCAUUAUUUAUUCUGAGGCUUGACCAAUUCAGCUGUCAACAACAUCAAGUGUCUUGAAUCAUCCAUUUUUGUAUUUUAUUAAAGGGGACAUAUUAUACCGCCAGUUGACAGUGUGAUUAGUCCUUAGAAGCCGUUUUGAAAAUUCUGCAAUGUGUGCUCAUAGAUCAGUCUACCAGCCUACCCAAUGGACUGAAGCAAACGUUGCUCAUCUAUCCAGCACACAUCUAGGUGGACGAGUAGAGUCCAGCUGCAGCCCCGGAGAACAACACCCUGGCGUGACAACAACAACCCAGGCGCGACGGUAGUACUCUGGUGUGACUUAGUGAUUUAUUUUUUAAACUUUUUUUACACUCCGCUAUCAGAAACCAAAGAUCAACCAUGGAAGUAAGUGAGUAGUAAGCAUUCAUGUUCAUGUUAAAGCCUAGCUGUGCCAUGGUUUAUUUACACUUCGCUAAAUUCGAAUAUAAUAAUACCGUGCCCUUUUUGAAAAGUGAACUGCACUUCGUUCAUUCAAUUUAAUUCAAUUCAAUUUUAUUUGUAUAGCCCUUAAUCACCAUUACAGUCUCAAAGGGCUUAACAGGCCAAAUAUUUAUGACACAUUUAUAUUCAGAGAAGUAACUGAGAGAGACAUGAAUAUUACUCAAUAUAUUAAGCAUAUUGACAGUCUCCAAAUAAAUCACUUCCGUCACACCAGAGUACUUCCGCCGCGCCUGGGUUGUUGUUGUCACGCCAGGGUGUUGUUCUCCGGGGCUGCAGCAGGAUACUAUUGAGGUGGACACGCCCACGCAGAUUUUCAAAACGGCUUGUAAGGACCAAUCACACUCUCACCUGGUGGUAUAAUAUGUCCCCUUUAAAAUUUGUUCAAUUCCAUUUGCUGUUUUCAUCAUCAAAUCCCUGCGAACAUGUCAAAUGCCCGCAGUCACAGCCACCAAAUAUCCUGUGCAAAUCUUUUGGAAGAAACUUUUUAAGAUCUCGUCUUUUUUAUUCCCACUGUAUAACAGUGUCUUGUACAAUAAAAGAAAAAAACAUUUUGGAAACUUUGACAUCUAAUGUUAUUCAUUUUAUUUUAAUUUUUUUACACAACUCUAAGUUCGAAGUUUCAACGUCAAUAGCGUUUUUUGUCUGAGUCCAUCUGUGAGUCUGUCUGUCACAUGUGCCGAAUGUCUUCUUUCUCAAUGUUGGGCCAUCUCUCUGUGGCCCCAGACCUCCCCAGAUGAGGGCUAAACGAAGGGUGCUUAUGGGGGUCUGCCUGCGACGAGUGCUAACAGCCCCGGUGAACAUCACCUUGUUAAGAAACAUACAUUGAUGUUCAUCAGGGCUGAUAGCAUUUGAACCGUAGAACUAUGGUAACAUUAACCAAAUGUGUUAUCGUGAAUGUAACCUUACGUGCUAAAAGGUGCUGUUUUAUCACACAGAUGUUUUCUACAAUGAUGAAAUAUAACAACAGCGAUAUUCUAUUUUUGUAACAAGAGAAAAUACUGUAAAGUCUUAAAUAAAUAACAGCCUGGACAGAAAUGCUAAUACUG